UUUAAGGUUUUCACUCUGUGUUUACUAAUCGUUAAAAUUCUGUGUAUUAUUUCACAGAACUGUUCUCCCAACCGUUAUUCUAGCAUUACCACAGAUGGUCUGCCGUUAUCUCAAGAUGAAAUCAUAUCGAAUCAUACCAUAACAUCUGGGAUCAUUCCGAUAGAAUGUUACGAACUCUGCCGGGAUGAAAUGAAGUGUUUUGGAUACAACUACAGAGACAAGAUGAAUGUUGUGAAUUGCCAACUGACCAACAUCGUUGGAAAGAGAGAUCACACCGCAGUAACACAAAAAGAAGAAUGGAUACUAAUGCUGGAUGAUGAAUGGGAAAAGCGAAGAAAUGACAUUUUCAACUCAGCUACCAGCUGCGCCUACCUGUAUAACCAUGGAGUGAGAAAAGAUGGUGUUUACAGCAUCGAUCCUGAUGGUUUGGGAUCGUUUCAAGUCAGAUGUGAUAUGAGCACAGACAGGGGUGGUUGGACCGUGUUUCAAAGAAGACAAGAUGGAAGUCAAGAUUUCCGCCUUGGAUGGUCAGACUAUAAAGCAGGCUUUGGUGAUCUCAACGGCGAGUUCUGGUUGGGCCUUGAUAAAAUACAUCGUUUGUGGAAAUCUGGUCAAAAUGUUUUAAGAGUUGAUUUGAGGGAUUUUGAUAACGUUGAGGCUUUCGCUAAAUAUGGAACGUUUAGUGUGGCUGACGAGUCAGACAAAUACAGAUUGAACAUCGGCAGUUUUUCAGGUGACGCAGGUGAUUCCCUUGCUUAUCACAAUCAAAUGCCGUUAACUACCAAGGAUAGGGACAAUGAUGCUUGGGGUAAUAACAAUUGUGCUUCGUUAAGAGGAGCUUGGUGGUACGACAACUGUCUUUAUUCCAACCUCAAUGGCCUUUACGUGAAUGCGCAUGAAGCCCAGGGUACUAGAUUGGGAAUACACUGGUACCAUUGGAAAAAUUCAUGGUAUUCUAUGAAAAAGGCGGAGAUGAAAAUUCGUCCCAACCAGUUUUAAGAUACUCCACGCAAACUAAUUAAAAUGCAAACAUUCAUUUUUUC